GAGAGACAGAAGCAGCAGAGCAGUCUGAGCUCUGAGUUGUCCCCUUCUUGUCACCAGGACCAUCUGAGUCUCCAUGAGAGAGAUGGGUGGGAGCCAGUAGAGUCCAGCACUGUGACUGCAGGCAGAAGGAGGACCCUCCCAGAGGAGGAUGGCUGCAGAUAACACCUCCUCUGUGACAGAGUUUAUCCUUGCAGGCUUAACAGACCAGCCAGGACUUCAGCUCCUCCUCUUCUUCCUGUUUCUGGGCUUCUACAUGGUCACUGUGGUUGGGAACCUGGGCCUGAUGACACUGAUUAGGCUGAACUCUCACCUUCAUAUUCCCAUGUACUUUUUCCUUUUCAACUUGUCCUUCAUUGACUUCAGUUAUUCCUCUGCCAUCAUCCCCAAAAUGCUGAUGAGUUUUGUCUCAAAGAAGAACAUCAUCUCCUACACAGGGUGUAUGACUCAACUCUUUUUCUUCUGUUUUUUUGUCGUUUCUGAAUGCUUCAUCCUGUCAGCAAUGGCAUAUGACCGCUAUGUGGCCAUCUGUAAACCACUGUUGUACAUGGUCACCAUGUCUCCUCAGGUGUGUCUAUUUCUUUUGCUGGGUGUCUAUGGGAUUGGCGCUUUGGAGGCUUUAGUUCAUACAGGUAAUAUACUGUUUCUGACCUUUUGUGCAGACAACCUUGUCAAUCAUUAUAUGUGUGACAUCCUUCCCCUCCUUGAACUCUCCUGCAAUAGCUCUUACAUGAAUAAUCUGGUGGUCUUUAUUGUUGCAGGCUUUGGCAUUGGGGUGUCCAUUGUGACCAUUUUUCUCUCUUAUGGCUUCAUUCUUUCCAGCAUUUUCCACAUUAGUUCUACUAAGGGCAAAUCCAAAGCGUUUAGUACCUGUGGUUCUCACAUAAUUGCAAUUUGUCUCUUCUUUGGGUCAGGAACUUUUGCAUACCUUAAACCACCUUCUGUUUUACCCCUUGACCAGGGGAAAGUGUGUAGUCUGUUCUAUACUGUUGUGGUGCCCAUGCUGAACCCACUAAUCUACAGCCUGAGGAACAAGGAUGUCAAAUUAGCCAUGAAAAAAACCUUGAGCAGAAUAACUUUCUCUUGAGAAAAAAAUUGGAAAUUGAGAAAAGGGAUCAGAAUUUUUAAAUGAGAGUGCUAUUAUUAUUUUAUCAUCAUCGUCAAUAAGGAAUUCAAACUUCGUGCUUUUGGAUUGUAUAUUGAAAGGAAACUUUAACUCUCUUUCCCAAGUGGAUUUAUUCUCUCUCAUCAUCACCCCAACACUUCCUUCUUUAUUGUAUGAAAAUAGUUUCUGCAAUUAUACAGUAUGCAGUAUUGAAUGGGGCUUCAGAAUAAUUUCAUCUAGUCCAAAAAUAU